AUGCGCUACUCUUCUUUUUGUGCUCUUGGUUUGCUCUUAGGGGUUGCUCCUGGGACUCUUGGAUUUGAGGACUCCAACAAUCAUUACUUGCGUAGACAUGGACACAAACAUGGAAAUAAGAGGGGUGUCAAAGUUGAGGUUGAUGCCGACGUAAAUGUCAAUGGUGCAAUUGGUGUUGGUGUUGGUGUUGGUGUUGGUGUUGGUGUCGGCAUUGGCGCCAAGGACCAUCCUACUUGGAAACUUACGGACGAUUUUCAAGGGAAGGAUUUUUAUAAGCAUUUCACGUUCGAGGCCAUCCCGGAUCCAACGCACGGUCGCGUCAACUAUGUUGACAUGCAGACAGCCAUAUCAAAAAACCUUACUGAGGUGAAAAAUGGGAACCUUAUAUUGCGAGCCGACUCGACGACCGUUUUGGACCCCAACGGGCCUGGACGUGAUUCUAUUCGUAUUCAGUCCAAGAAGCAGUGGACGACUGGCGUUUCGGUAUUUGAUCUGAAACAUAUGCCCGAAGGAUGUGGGACGUGGCCAGCAUAUUGGAUGACUCAAGUAGAAAACUGGCCAAUCAAUGGAGAGAUUGAUAUUCUCGAGGGAGUUCACGAUCAACCACCUAAUCACUCCGCUCUCCAUACCGUGACUGGCUGUGUCGUGGCUCCCAAUCGCGUGAUGACGGGCACACCAACCGCAACGAACUGUAGCUGGUUGCACAACUACAACCAAGGUUGCCCUGUCCAAUGGGCCCGCCAGGACUCUUACGGACCCGCUCUUAAUAAGAUGGAAAAGAUCUCUAUCUGGUUCUGGGGACGCAAUGACAAGAACGUCCCGUUUGCUGUCAAGCAGGGGCUUCCGCUGAUUUGCACCAAAGACUUUGGCAUUCCUGCUGCUACCUGGGACUCGUCUGAUGAGUGUGAGUUCAAGAAGAUCAUGGGGCUGCAGAACGUUAUUAUCAACCUGACGAUGUGCGGUGACUGGGCUGGCCAAGACGCGAUUUUCAAAGGAGCUGGAUGCCCCGGAACUUGUAUUGACUAUGUCAACAACAAUCCAGAGAGUUUCAAGAAUGCGUACUGGGAGAUCGCUUCGCUGAAAAUGUACUCCGAGACCAUGGGACAUUCCUGA